AUGCGGUUAAAACAAGAUGUUAGUCCAGUAGUUGUUGUCAUAUUUAGAUUGGUGGUUUGGCUGUAUUCUCUCAUCUCGUACCUGCCUUACCUGUUACUGAGAUCGUCUGAUUCGGAAUCGUUCUCCGAGUGCACACGGAGACUGAAAGCCCUUUCCAUGACUGGAGACCCAGCGGGACCCUACCGGGAUGUUGGAGCUUUGAGAGGGCUGGCCACUAGUCUUCAGCCAGAAGUGAACACACUGGAUCGGAUGUUUGAGUUGUCAGUAGGCCGCUAUCCUGAUCGUGACUGUCUGGGCACAAGAGAGCUGCUGAGCGAGGAAGACGAGGUUAUAGAGGAUGGAAGAGUCUUCAAAAAGGUGAUUUUGGGAGAGUAUCGCUGGAUGUCGUAUGAUCAGAUGUAUAAAGCGGUGAACGCGUUCGGGAGCGGUUUGGCCGCUCUGGGGCAGAAACCUUUCAAAAACAUUGCCAUAUUCUGCGAGACUAGGGCUGAGUGGAUCAUAGCAGCACAGGCCUGUUUCAUGUAUAACUUCCCAUUGGUAACUCUUUACUCUACUCUGGGAGGUCCUGCUAUCAUUCAUGGACUCAAUGAAGCUGAAGUUUCCCAUAUCAUCACCAACAAAGAACUACUGGACACCAAACUCAAGGUCAUUUUGCUGGAGGUGCCGAGGUUACGGCACAUUAUUGUCGUUGACAAUAAACUCAAGGCCGACUCUGAAUACCCACGAGGCAUCAGUGUGCACAGCAUGGCUGCUGUACAGAGACUGGGGGCCCAGCCUGAGAAUGUGUCUAUGCAAAGACAGCCUCCGUGUGCAUCUGAUGUGGCCGUGAUAAUGUACACCAGUGGUUCUACAGGAAUACCGAAAGGAGUCAUGAUCUCCCACAGCAAUAUUAUUGCAGGAGUUACAGGCAUGGCCAGGAGGAUUCCCAACCUCGGUGAGGAUGACACGUAUAUCGGUUACCUUCCAAUGGCUCAUGUGUUAGAGUUGAGCGCUGAGAUUGUGUGUUUGGCUCAUGGAUGUAGAAUUGGCUACUCUUCUCCACAAACACUCGCUGACCAGUCAACAAAGAUAAAGAAGGGAAGCAAAGGAGACACUACAGUCCUGCAGCCCACUCUAAUGGCAGCAGUACCAGAAAUAAUGGAUCGGAUUUAUAAGAAUGUGAUGCUAAAAGUGGAAGAUAUGAACCUUCUUCAGAGGACUCUGUUUUCACUGGCAUACAACUAUAAGAUGGAGCAGCUUGCUAUGGGAUACACCACCCCGCUGUGUGACAAGCUGGUUUUCCGGAAGGUUCGGGCAUUAUUAGGUGGGCGUUUACGGGUGUUAUUGUCAGGCGGAGCCCCUCUGUCUGCUGCAACCCAGCGGUUCAUGAACAUUUGUUUCUGCUGUCCGGUGGGUCAGGGUUACGGCCUCACAGAGACCUGCGGAGCUGGAACCAUCAGCCAGCUUUGGGAUUACAGUACAGGAAGAGUUGGCGCACCUCUGGUUUGCUGUGAAAUUCAACUGAAGGACUGGAUAAAGGGUGGGUAUCGGAGCACAGACAAGCCUUGUCCACGAGGAGAGAUUCUGAUUGGGGGCUCCAAUGUAUCCAUGGGUUACUACAAGAACAAGGAGAAGAACUGUGAAGAUUUCUUUGUGGAUAAGAAAGGCCAGAGAUGGUUCUGCACCGGAGACAUUGGCGAGUUUCACGGAGACGGUUGCCUGAAGAUUAUUGACCGUAGGAAAGACCUGGUGAAGCUACAGGCAGGAGAAUACGUGUCCCUGGGAAAGGUGGAGGCCGUCUUGAAAAACUGCCCUCUCAUCGAUAACAUCUGUGCUUAUGCUAACAGUGAUGAAUCUUUUGUGAUUGGCUUCGUGGUACCCAAUCAGAAGCAGCUCCUGGCGCUGGCAGAAAGGAAGUGUGUCAGAGGUUCGUGGGAGGAGCUUUGUAACAGCCCUCUCAUUGAAGAGGAGGUGCUUACGGUCAUCACAGACGCAGCACUGACAGCCCAGUUGGAGCGGUUUGAGAUUCCUCGUAAGAUCCGCUUGAGCUCUGAGCCCUGGACCCCAGAGACCGGCUUGGUGACAGACGCUUUUAAACUCAAACGCAAAGAGCUAAAAACUCACUACCAGACUGACAUUGAGCGGAUGUACGGUAUCAAGUAGAACCAAAUCACUGCCGACUCCAACCAGAUGAAACCGGACCACUGACCAUGACUGCAUGGAAAGUAACUUUUUGCAACAUAGCAACCACCAAUCAGGAUGGAGAUUUCCUAAUGACAUGUAAAAAUGAUUGAAAAGAUAAUUUGACAAUGUUUUGAGAUGAUAUCUGAAAAUGUUCAACAAACAAACCAGCAAGAUACACCCAGCUUUAAAAAAAACACUCUUAAGCUUAUAAAU